AUGUCGACAGUACAUCUGUUUAUGAAAGCAUAUUUAAUAAUGGACCAGCGAAUAAGCUUAAAAUGGUGGCUGCAUAUUUUACUGUUUAACCUCCUUUUUGUUUUUUCGCUUGGAGAAGUCCGUUACGUUCUUCCUGAGGAGAUGCAGCGGGGGUCUGUUAUCGGGAAUGUUGCUCGUGAUCUGGGGCUGCAAGUAGCGGUGCUCGAAGCUCGUCGUUCCCGUGUUGUUGCAGAAGGAACAAGCCAGCUGUGCGAACUGGACACUGCGUCAGGCAAUCUUUUGAUCAGCCAACGGAUUGACCGAGAGGAGCUCUGCGCGCAAGCCAGUGUCUGCAUCCUACAAUAUCAGCUCUUAUUUGAAGACCCCCUUCAAGCUUACAGCUUAGUUUUGGAUAUUGCAGACAUAAAUGACAACAGUCCAGUUUUUGCUGCAGGGGAGAUCAAACUAGAUUUAGUGGAAUCCACAGUCCUGGGUAGGCGCUUUCCGUUGGAGAGCGCGCAUGACCCCGAUUUGGGAACCAACUCAGUCCGUGAAUAUAAACUGAGCCCGAAUGAUCACUUUGCACUGGAAAUGAGUACUCAAAUAAACGGCAAUGCGUAUCCGGAACUAGUUCUUAAAAAGGCCUUAGACCGGGAAGCACAAGCUGAACAUGUACUGAAAAUCAAUGGAAUUGACGGGGGGAGUCCAGUCAGAUCAGGAACUGCUUCUAUCCAUAUCCGUGUUUUGGACGCUAAUGAUAAUGUCCCAGUUUUCAGCCAACGAGUUUAUAAAGCCUCUGUGCCAGAGAACUCGGCCAUAGGGACUGUCAUAGCAAGGCUGAAUGCCACGGACCCAGACGAAGGUGUUUAUGGAGAGAUAACGUACGCUUUCAGUCACCUGUCAGAGAAGACGGGGAGAGUUAUUGAAAUUAACCCUCUGAGUGGAGAAGUUCGGGUGGCGGGUCUUAUUGAUUAUGAAGACGACAUAACGCACGAGCUGGAUGUUCAGGCUAAAGAUGGGGGUGGUCAGGCCUCUCACUGUAAACUUAUAAUUGACGUCAUUGAUGUAAAUGACAACAAACCUAUGAUCGAGAUAAAAUCAGCCUCUGCUAACGUGGCUGAAGACUCUAAACCUGGGACUAUGGUUGCUCUGAUUAAUGUUUAUGAUCUGGACACUGGGAGCAGUGGGCGCGUCACGUGUACAAUCCCAGACAAUGUUCCAUUUAAAGUUGUAUCAGAGGUCAAAAACUACUACAUGUUGGUGACUGACGGAAUACUAGACAGAGAACUUCAACCAGAGUAUAAAAUUACAGUUACUGCCACUGAUGCGGGCUCUCCCUCACUCUCCAAUGUAAACGUUAUAACAAUCCUGGUUAAUGACAUAAAUGAUAACCCCCCGACUUUUACGCAGAGCGAGUACAAUGCCAACAUAUUGGAAAACCAGCCCGCUGGCACGUUUGUGAUGAAAGUGAAAGCAGAGGACACUGACGAGGGGUCUCAUGCUAAAAUACUGUACCAAAUAUCAAGGGACACACACUCAGAGGCGUCCUCCUUCCUUACCAUCCACUCAGAAACAGGGGAACUCUUCACAUCACGCCUCUUUGAUUACGAACAGUCAGUUCACUUCCAAAUUAAGGUGACAGCUCGAGAUGGAGGGGAUCCUCCACUCUCCACCACUUGCACUGUAAACGUUUUUAUUAAGGACCAAAAUGACAAUGCGCCUGUGGUUCUAUACCCUGCCCAAACCUCCGGGCUUAUUACUGAAGAUAUGGUGCCAGCUGAAGCGCCUAGAGGUUACCUGGUUACUAAGGUGGUAGCUGUGGACGCCGACUCUGGCCAUAACGCAUGGCUUUCCUACAGAAUAAUCACAGCAACGCGGCCUAACCUGUUUAUAGUCGGUCUGCACACAGGCGAAAUCAGAACUGUGCGAGCAUUCAUGGAGGACGAUGAACCGAAACAUACUGUUGUGGUUUUAGUAACGGAUAACGGGCCCGAAACUCUCUCCGCCACUGUUACAGUCAGCAUAGCAAUAGAUGACGGGCUACCUGUUUUAAACGAGCUCUUUGAGUUAGCAGAUGAAUCACAGGAUAGUGACAACUUAACGCUCUAUUUGAUUAUCGCCCUAGCAGCCGUUUCCUCUCUUUUCAUCCUUUUAAUCAGUGGAGUGUUUUAUUUUAAGCUCUGUCGGCGUGGCUAUGUUUACCGUUCACCCACCGCUAAUCUCCCCGUUUUCCCCACGGCCUACUGCCCCCCUCAUUUUACAGAUUUAAGCCGUUGUGGGACCCUGCUGAAAGAUGAGCGCUAUGAUUCCUUCUUGACCACUGGGUCGUGGAGAGGCGAUUUUCGUUUCGGCUCGAACACAGACACUGACACACUGAAGCAAAGAAGUGCAGCCUACCAAAAAAACACCCUAAGGCGCGUCAGUACAGACAGGGCUAGUUUGAAGGUGAGGGCAGGUGCACCGCACACUUGUUAUGUGUUCAAAUGAGAGUUGGCCAUAACAUAUUGUAAAUACAUUGGAAAUGUGCAGUGAAGCGAUUUGGACUCUCUGACUGUCAAAUAUGCUGUAAUCUGUCUCAUGGUUGUAUAGCAUUUCUAGAUGCAUU